GGAGUUGGAGAUGAGAGCUGUGGUUCGGCGCUCGCCUCCUUCACCUAUACCUAUAUAGAUAUAGAUCCCUAUCCCGCUCUCGCUUUCCAGCCUGCCGGGCUCAUUCCCUAGGGCGCGCGCUCCAAGCACGCUCCCGCCACUCCGGGUGACCACCCCCCCUCCACUUAACCCCGCGGGCACGCGCCCCAGAGCCGGCGCGCGUUUCGGCUGCGUCCGUCGCCGCUUCAGCUGCCACCAUCCCCGGGAGAAAGAACAUCUCUAUUAACUUUCAACGUCCACACAACUGGUUCGUUUUCCAGUCUUCGCUCGGCGAUCGCGUCACCGUUCAUGUAUUUGUUGUUGAAGAUUCUUUCCCCAUCUCCAGCUGCAUCACGUGCAAGGAAGACGCAUUCAAACUGAAGUCUGUAUUAUGAAGAAGCGUUAGCUUUUGAAGAGAACAGUUCUGGAUAAUAACUAAAAUGGCACUAAACAGUGAACAGCAGGCUUCUCCAGAAAAGGAUUAUUGAUGUGAAGAACACACCACAAAACAGAUUGAUCGAGGGGUAUUCCAGCAUCUUAGUGCAAUAUAUGCAGAUUGUUUAAAGAAUACAUCUUAUUAUACAAGAGGUCAAUUCAAGAGUCUGAUAACAGUGGGAUAGAAGCAAUUCUUGAGCCUGGUGGUUCCAGGAGGCAAGCAGCUUAGAGAAAAGACAUGAGCCUAUGAUCAACUCCAAUCUCUCUGGUUAAAGCAUUGCAAAAGAUUGAAAACAUCGUGACGACUGUGGAAGUACUGGACUUGGCUUCAUGAACGAGAUUCCUGGCACCAUCCGUCAUUGAACCUGAAAGUUAACUGAAAAGGGAUCUGACCAUCCAACUGCAAAAGAACAUUCAUUCUCUUUCCCAAGUCCACAUCAAUAUGUCUGCAGAUGCCAACAGCUGACUGAUAAUGUGAGAACUUAACUGAAGCAACUUAACACUUCUUGUGCCUGCAUACCAUGAACCUGUUUUGAUAGUUAUCUCUCAAGAGAUGAUAAAACGGAAUCAGAAUCAGGUUUAAUAUCACUGGCAUAAAUCAUGAAAUUUGUUAACUUAGCGGCAGCAGUACAAAGCAAUACAUAAUACUAGAGAAAAAAGUUGAAGCAGCAGAGCAGGAGAAGGUCCCAGAAAAUCCAUCCCAAGCUCCUGAAAUCCUUGAGCACCUCUGCUAUGUUGUUAAAUUGGAUGUUCACUUGGAAGACAUACUGAAGACGAGGAGAGUCCAGGGUCCAAUUCAGUUUUCUCUUCUCUUUCUAUUCACACCUCCUUCCUUGGAACAGAUAUUAAAAUGGAAAGUGAUGACGACCCUUUGGUGCAACAUUUGUGGCUGGAAGAAGAAGAAUACGAUGUGUCGGUUAGCUCCCACAGAGGUGAAAAACUCUGCAAGAAAUGCCACUGCAGCUUUAAAAGACUGUUCCAUGAUUUGAAAGUUAAAGGCUUUUGGGGAGCAGUUGGGUGGAUAUUUACUAACCCAUAUUGCACUGCCUUAAUAUUAGUAAUAGGUUGCACGAUUCCAACAGUUCUCACUGUUUUCAUGUUUAUGCAUUGUUCUAACCUCGACAUAGAUAUAUCCUACAAUGCCUUUGAGAUUCGUAACCAUGUUUCCUCACAGCACUUUGAUGCGUUGACCCUUGCUUUAAAGUCCCAGUUUGGGUCUUGGGGGAGAAACCGACGUGACCUGGCUGAGUACACAUCUGCAACACUGGAGAAACUCAUCAUUGAAGAAUUACAGAGACUGCACAGUAAUAAUUCAGAGUUUAUUACUGCCACCCAAGGUAAAACUAUUCAUAAAUCAAGUGAAACCCAAUGGCUGGAUAGAAUCCAACUGCGUAAAAGAGACUUGAUCUCAAAUUCAGGCUUAAAUGAGAGCUACGACAGAUUCAAAAUACGACAAGCAAGGGCUGUGUCACAAAAGAACUAUCCAAGCACUUACGUUAACGGAGAUACGCAGACACAUGCCCUGUGGAGGAUGGAACUUGUAUUUCUGGCAAGAGGUGAUGAUGAGAGGAACAUCUUCACCAAAGAGCGUUUAUUGACAAUUCAUGACAUUGAAAAGAAAGUCAUGGACCAUCCUAGAUUUCGAGAGUUUUGCUGGAAACCCCAUGAAGUUCUGAAAGACAUGCCACUUGGUUCCUAUUCCUAUUGCUCACCUCCCAGUUCCCUCAUGACUUAUUUUUUCCCAACUGCACAAGGUGGAAGAAUAUACUAUGAUGGAAUGGGACAGAAGCUGGCAGAUAUUCACGGCUCUCUCCAGCUGGCUAUUACUCACCCUGAGUUUUACUGGUAUGUUGAUGAAGGUCUCACAGCAGAAAACAUGAAAAGUUCGCUGCUUCGUAGUGAGAUUCUGUUUGGAGCCCCUCUUCCCAACUAUUACUCAGUGGAUGAUCGGUGGGAAGAGCAACACAAAAAAUUUCAGCAAUUUGUAAUCUCCUACGUUGACCUGCUGGCUUCACAGUCCACCGAAAAAGUGAAAGUUCUUUAUGGUGGAACCGACCUGUUUGACUACGAAGUAAGACGAACAUUUAAGAAUGACAUGUUGCUGGCUUUUAUUAGCAGUGGAUGUAUAGCAGUCCUGGUGUACAUUCUUACCUCAUUUUCAGCUUUUCUGACCUUUUUUGGGAUUGCCAGUAUUGGUUUGAGCUGCCUGGUUGCCCUGUUUCUCUACCAUGUUGUGUUCGGUAUCCAGUACCUGGGCAUCUUAAAUGGAGUAGCUGCCUUUGUUAUUGUGGGUAUUGGGGUGGAUGAUGUCUUUGUUUUCAUUAACACUUUCCGACAAGCAAGCCACCUUAUCAGCCCACAGGAGAGGAUGAUUCACACCAUCAAAACUGCUGGAAAAGCCACCUUCUUUACCUCAUUCACCACAGCUGCUGCCUAUGCAGCCAAUAUAUUUUCCCAGAUCCCAGCUGUCCAUGACUUUGGGCUCUUCAUGUCUUUAAUAGUGGCCUGCUGCUGGGUAGCUGUCCUCUUUCUUAUGCCAGCUGCACUCUGCAUUUGGAGUCGGUACAUCACGCCUCUGGAGAUAUUCUGCUGCUCCAGCUGCCAGCAUAAGUGUAAAAGGGAGAACAGCAACUUGACACAAGAUUCAGCAGAGUGUGAUGAUUCACUUCUAGUCACAGAGCAAGACUCAGUGUUGACUGGUGGGACCCUGCAGUACCUGGAUGAUGACAUCCCUCUGCUUUCAGUUGAGGAAGAAGCAGUCUCUUUCGACAAUGGAGAUGUACCUUUGGUUUCAGUGGCACCUGAGCUUUCGCCACCCAAAGAUGGGAUUCACCAUCCGGGACAGCUGAUCACAUGGAUACAGGAUGCACUUUACUAUUGUGUUGCAUGCCCUGCAGUAAAGUGUAAAUGGAUAAUCUUAGGUCUCUAUGUUAUUACCCUGGUGAUGUCCAUUGGAUUCACGACACAACUGCGCCCUGCCAGCCGAGCCCCAUUACUCUUCAGCCCUGACACCAACAUUCAGGUGCUCCUGGACCUCAAAUAUAACCUCAGUGCAGAGGGCAUUUCAUGUGUUACCUGCUCAGGCCUGUUUCAGGAAAAACCACAACCUCUUCUAAAUAAUAUCCGAACAUCCUCAGACAAGAAGAAGCGAGGACAGAGACUCCCGUGGAAUGAAGCAAGUGCAGCACAAGAUGGUAUGAGGACCGUGUACGUCACAAAGUAUGACGAUGAUGUGCAACCGCCAAUGUACAGAUUUUCUCUGGAUUCCUCUGUUCCAUCACCAUGGCACCUUCAGUCAAUGAGGAAUGGGGAGGUCCCAUCAUUCAAAGUUUACUCAGUGCCCUAUGGUAACUUCACAAAGAAAUUGACUGUGUGUUCAUCAACUGUUGGAUUGCCAAGCCCCAAGUGCCCAAGGAAGUGGAUGAUCACAACAUUGUCCUGCAAUGUUAGGAAAGGCUGGAAAUUCGAUUUUCAUUUCUAUGCAUCAGCAACGGAGCAGCAUUACACUCAGAAGCUGUACUAUGCCCAGCUGAGGAAGGCUCCGUACCACAGUCGGAUCUGCCUGGCACCCCCUGGCUGCAUUCUUAGUGGAGGACCGAAUGGCCCUAAUCAAGGAUUUUUCUAUGUCCCCUACAAGAAAGCUUUCUCUGUGUCCAAAGUUGAAGAAGCCCCAACCUUCGACUUCAAUCCCUGCCUGAAUGAUGGCUGCGGGAAACCAGCUGUGCGCCCCCUAGUGGACACGGGAGCCAUGGUUUUUGUUGUGUUUGGGAUUCUGGGAGUGAAUCGCACAAGGAAACAAGAUAACCAUGUGAUAGGAGAUAUGGGCAGUGUCAUCUAUGAUGAGACCUUCGACCUGUUCCAAGAAAUUGGGAAUCUGUGUAAGAUUUGUAAGGCCAUUGGCAGUAACCCAGAGCUGGUGAAGCCAGGUGGAGCUCAAUGUCUACCUUCUGGUUACAGCGUUUCAACCUUCUUGCAAAUGCUACAUCCUGAGUGUAAGAGCAUUCCAGAGCCCAACUUGCUUCCUGGACAGCUGUCUCAUGGUGCUGUUGGAGUGAAAGAUGGCAGAGUUCAAUGGAUCUCAAUGGCCUUUGAGUCUACUACUUAUAAAGGAAAGUCCUCGUUUCAGACCUAUGCAGACUACUUGAAAUGGGAGAACUACCUCCAGGAGCAGCUCCAUCAGUUUUCUGAACAAUCAUCACUACGCCAUGGAUUUCAAACAUGUGAACACUGGAAGCAGAUUUUCAUGGAAAUAAUAGGUGUUCAGAGUGCACUGUAUAGUUUGAUGCUCUCUCUGAUAAUCUGUGUUGCUGCAGUUGCUAUUUUUACCACUCACAUUCUACUACUUCUACCAGUGCUCUUGACUAUUUCAGGUGUUAUAUGCUUGAUGGUUGCUAUCAUGUACUGGUUGGGCUGGGAAAUGGGAGCAGUGGAAGCCAUCUCAUUAUCAAUCCUGGUGGGAUCUUCUGUGGAUUAUUGUGUCCAUCUCGUUGAGGGUUACCUGCUGGCUGGGGAAACCCUUCCGACAGCCGAGACUGAUGAUAAAUGCAAAGCAGGGAAAUGGAGAACUCUGGCGGCUGUGAGACAUGUUGGUGUUGCCAUCGUAUCCAGUGCCAUCACCACUGUCAUAGCAACAGUCCCUCUCUUCUUCUGCAUCAUUAUUCCAUUUGCCAAGUUUGGGAAGAUUGUUGCCCUGAAUACCGGCAUCUCUAUCCUGUACACAUUAACUGUUAACACAGCCCUGCUUAGCAUUCUGGCUCCAAGUGACUUCUAUCGGUCAAGAAGAUCUUUUCUCAAGGCAGUUAUAGGAGUAGUUAUCAUAGGUAGUGGAGGUUUCUGCAUCUGUCUCAUACUGAUUAAAUUGGGAGUCAAAAUCCCUCUCCUCAGUGUAUCAGCUCUGUAAUUUAUUUAUACAUUUUAACAGACUUCAAAAAAUGCUUUAAAAAGGGAAAAUUGUCACAACGCAAAAAAAAGAGUAAUUGCUAUUUUAUUUUAUAAACUUUUUCCUCCCUUGGUGAUAAAUGAUUUCAGACUCCCUGAUCCUACUCCAUACAACGUCUACAAGGGAUAUUAUGAGUACAGUUUCCCUCUUGGUUAGGCAGAUUCUGAAUACUUUCACCAUUUUUAAGAGGACAAGUUUAAAUAGUGGAAUAUAUGGUUUUUCUCAGUUUGUAGAGACCUCUUCGCCAGUUAUACUUCUUGCACAUGACAGUGAAGAAAUCUUCCUGUCACUGCUGAAAGUUGAAAGCUGUCAAGUUAAUACAGUGUUCCAUCUUCUAGCUGAGCAAAGGUUGUUCUAAUUUGAAUGAUUUUCUUCCAGAUUGUUGUCAGUCUCCAUAGUCAGGCCUCAGGAAUACAAACCAGGACUGUAAAUUCACUUCAGUUGUACAUUCUGUAUCCCUGAGAAGGAAGGAGCGUUGACCAUAGGUUAGAACACUACACACAGGGACCGUCGAACAUGUUGCAAGACUAAUUUUUGUUUCAGUCAAUGUUAUUCCAUUUGGUGUUUUACGUUUUAAGUAUUACAUGGAUACUGCUUCAAGUUCUUGCCCUUUCUUCCCUUCUCCUAUUGUCCCGUGGAUGCUGCCACGCACUCUUAUCACCCAUAUGCUGGUCUUCACCCAUGGGUGCUAAAUUAGUGUUCAUACAGCACAGUGCCAGCAGAGAUCAUACAAGUGCUCAUUUUCCUUUGUCAUCCUUAAUGAGACUAGAUGUCCUAGCCUACAUCCUGCAGGAUAAUACUAUCAACUCUUUAUAUGUGUCAUUGGGGAAAGCAAUGACACUAAUUCCUGUAUGAUCAUGUGCUUUUCAUAAGAUGUUAAAUGGAUUCUGAGAGUAAAAUAACUUGUAUCUGUCUCAGUCCUCUGGACUUCUCAAAGUGCUUCACAGUUCCCAAAAAUUGUUGAAGUGCAGCUGCUAUUAUGGAGACAGACUACCAAGGUGGCAAAUUUAUGAUCAGCAAGGUUCCAGCAAUUAGCAGCUAAUGUGUUAUGAUAGAGUUUAUAACAGAACAACAAGGAGAUCCUCUAUUCUGAAUGCAGAACAUUUUGCAACUUUAAAUAUGUGAUCAUCAGUUUCAUGUUUUGUUUGAAUGGUAGCAUUUCCAGCAAUCUCUUUGCAUAUGAAAAACACUGCUACUUGAGCCAAGCCAACAUCUUUACCUUCAAUAAUUUGGUUUCCUUGUUGCGUAGACUUUCAUGAAAUGUCUGACUGAUUAACGUUACAGAGCCGUACAACAUAGAAACAAGCCCAAUAUGUCUAUACCAACCAACAUGCCUAUCUAUAAUAAACCCAUUUGCCCGGAUUAAUUCAAUUUAUCUCUAUGCCCUACUCAUUCAGGUACCUGUCCGGAUGCCUCUUAGAAGUUGUUACUGUUCCUGCCAACAGCAAAUCCUCUGCCAGUUCAAUCCAGCAACAUUUUAUGUGAAAUUUCCUCCCUUUAACCUUGAUUUUUCUCUAUUGCAUGCUCCUCUUUUGAAGAAAAAUCCAAUUUCAAAUCAAAUUCAAUCCACACUAAAAUACCUGAACACCUUGGAUGAAGCCAGAAGUGUAGAGACAAAGAGGUGACAGAAAGGUCAUUUCAGAGGGAAUUACCAGUACAACUAAACUUAAGUGCUUAAACUAGUUGGGAGUCGAGUGUAAUAAUGAUGCAGGGUUUGUAUAAUUAAUUUAUUUUUUAUUACCCCUGCCCCCAGUUCACUUAAAGAAGUCUGAUACUUAUCACAUUGACCAGAUAACCUACGUUCAGAUGUCGUACCAUGACCAGUGUAAGGGGUUUCAACUAACUAAGCAAAACAGAGCAAAAGGCUAGUCUGAAUUCUCAUUCCUCCUUAUUGUCUAUUAACUUUAUUGUCUAUUAAAAGUGAGAUUUUGGCUCACUUUUCACUAUGUUUUAUAAAUUUGCAAUGAAAGGUCAAAUGCUUUGAACGUCAGGCCACGAGAACAUAUAUUCCAUUUGACUCCCAUUCAGAUAAGAAUAUUUUGAACACAUUGUGUUGGUCGUGGUCACCUACGGAUGAAGGAUGUAUUGGAGGGUGACUAGAACACCUAUCCAAGCAUAUGUCUUGCCUUUAGCACAGAAGCUUGGUAGUCAGAUAGGGGAUACAAGCAGAGAAGUUAAAAGAUAUUUGGUGUCUCCUUAAAAUGGAAGACAUGGCUCAAUGCUUAGAAAGUGAAAGUGUACAUAAACAUUAUAAAGAAAAAAAUCGAUUUAUCGUUCCUAGUUCAGAAGAAGAGGAUUAUAUGAAUGCAACACAAAUUAUCUCAUUGCAUCUAUAAAUUAACUAAUUAUUAUUCAGAAUCAAUGCAUUCAUCUUGUUUAAGGAGCAUUGUCAUUCAACAGGAGCUCACAUGUAUCUAAUUAGCUGUUGUUUCAAAGGACAAUUUCAUGGUUACCUUAAAAACACAAGCUGACUGCAUCCAUUCUUCAUUACAUAAUUGAAUGUAAGUGAAAGCAGGUAGUCCAUAUCCAGCAGUACAUUUUUACAUCAAUUACAAUGGACAUUUUUAACUUGAAGUUCGUGCUCUUUGCAAGUGUGAGCCAAAAACAUAAAAGACCAAGUAUUCUGUUGUCCAGUAAUCCUGACUAUGAAGCCCAGGUAAAAAUUGUUUGGCUCUUAAAUUCUGGUGAUCUGUGUUCGCCUAUUUCAUUUUACAGCACAGCACAGCACAAGCUCUUCAACCUAACUCGUCCCUGCUGACUGUUAUGCCUAUCUACACCAGCCCCAUUUGCCUGCAUUAGGCCAUUAUCCCUUUGCACCUUUCCAUUCCAAGUUCCUGUACACCCACCUAUUAAACAUUGUAAUUGAAUCUGCCUCCACCACCUCAUCUGCUGGUUUAUUUCAGACUAACAACCAACCUCUGAGUGAAAUACUUACCCUUAAGAUCUCCUUUGAAUUACUUCCUCUCACCUCUGCCCUCUAGGUCUAUAUUACCCAUGCCCUGAGAAAAAGAACAACUAUCUAUCUUGUCUACAAUCCUCUUAACAAAACAGUCACAACAUAAAUUAUAUUAAAUGCAGGUACUGAACCAUGUUUCAAAAAGCUAAAAUUACAUUAAUACUUAACAAGUAUAUUUAAUAUAAAUUAGAUUGCUGUCAGAGAGAAAUAAAGAUGAAUAAUAAUUAAAAACUUAUUGACACUUUAAUUUAUAAUGUGACAUUAAUAUAAAUUAUAUAACACUGAAUUGUUGAAAAAGGUAAGGAACAAAAUGCUUGCUGCAACCAGUUUUCAGAUGCAUGUUGUUAAGUUAUUCAGUGAUCCAACAAGAAGAAACAGACUCGGUUUUAUAAACAUUAUAAAUGUUUAUAAACAUUUGGGUGAUCAGAUCUCAGGUGCUUUUUGAGAUAUUCCCCCUUGUGAAUAUCAGGAGUGAACUGAUUAUGACACCAGGUUUUCUUCCCUCUGUGCCAAAAUUCCUAUGGUGCAUGAGAUCCUUGCCAUGAGAAUUGCUAAUGUACAAGAUCUACUUGUUACAUGGAUGCCUCUGCUCAGAGAGACUGAAGGAGUUGGCCCAAAUAUGUUGCCCUUUUCUAAAUUUAAAUUCACCCAUCACAUUCCUAAAUUUGCAUAAAACCAUUUACAAAGACCUCGCUAGGCCAUGUGUAAUUUCUUUCCAUGGCUAUGGUCAGUAAAAAGGUGGAAAUAUAGUAACAGUUUCCCAAUUUAUACCUAGUGACCAAAAGAAAGUCUACCACGGUGUAUUUUGAUAUGACUAUUUUACAAACAGCUGAAGGCAAUCCUCUCAAAAAUACUGAACUGUCCAACACAUGUACAUUAAUAUCAACAUUUAACAAAGUCUUGAAAAUUGCAGAGUGACACUAAUUACUGCAUAGUGUUAGAUUUAGUAUUUUUUUCCUUAUUGUGUAAAUUUCUUAAGUAAUUUUGUAGAAAGAAAUAAUCUUUGAACAAUGUUCCUUGUUUUGGGAACUGUUGUUAAAUUAUUUGACAUUCAAAUUGUUGUAUUUACAGCUGCUUUAACUCAAAUCGAAAUAAAUUUCUAUUCAUUGUCAA